AUGUACGCGAGCAUGGCUUCCGGAACGGCAGUCUUUGAGUCGACUGCGGCCCCUACGAAGACUCUUCUCCCCGCUGUUCAUUGGGACCACCAAAAGUCCAAUAUCGACAACCUCCGCCCAGUAGAAGCAAACUCUGGUGUGCCCCUAUACUAUGAUCAGCACGGUUCUGGAGGACGUGCCGAUCCUCGCAAGGAAGCCAUGAUGGCCUUCAUGACGCCGUAUUUCAAAACGCCUUCCGUCGUCCUUGAUCAUUCCGACUUUGUCAAGAGUGUCACCUACCAGCAGGGUGCCUUGAGCAUCGUCUUCACCAGCCCAGCUGCUUACUCCCGGGCCUCGAGCAGUUGGAGCGUCGACAACGGUCUGUUGAUGGUCACUUAUACUCAGGGAUGUGGUGGUUACUGGGAUGGUGAAAGGUGUUACUUCCAAGUCCACGAUGUCAACUUCAACCCUAAGACCGGGAGCGCCAUUGCCAAGGGUACCCCGGCAGGUUUGAACGAUGUCAUCGACAAGAUCGACCUCGAAUGGGGCACAUGGAAGCCAUCACCGACCACCGUAUCGGGCUCCCGCCCUACUUCUGCAGGCACCGACCCGGCUUUCUCUGGAUCUGGCGACGACGGUGACACCUGCUAUGCUCCUGUCGACACCAGGUAUGGUCUGCCGACAGCUUGCUUGGGUGAUUACUUCGACGAGGACCUGGAUGUCGAUCUUGGGUACCAGAAGCUGGAAGCAUUCUCCUUUGCGGAUCUCGUGCUGGAAGCUGUGCCGGAGCUUGGUGAAGAUGAGAUCGUAGCCGACAGCGAUGAAGAAUUCGAGGACAUCGAGUUCCUCACCGAUGCUGAGCUUGCUGAGCUCUUCCCAGAGGCCAAGAACAAGCGAGAUACACUUUCUCGAAGGGCUCUUCUAGAGUCCGUCAAGAAAGCCAAGGACAGCCUCGCAAACGGCGCCAAGGCAACUUGGAAUGCGGCGUCGAAUGCCGGUUCAGCCGUUGUAAAUGGUGUGAAGAAGGUUCCAGCAGCGACCGUGAAGGCGGUCAAGGACGAGGUCCAGAAGAUAACGGCCGAUCCGGUUGGCUUUGGCCUCAGCAUUGCAAAGAAUCAUCCCGCUGGCUAUCUAGCCAACAAGGUUUUGAAAUUCCAGAAAGAAUUCGAUCAGAAAUUCGACAAGAUCUUCCUGCCAGCACAACCCAGUGAAUGCAAGAAGAACGAAGCGGAUCCGCAGAAGAAGGCGGCAAUUAAUGCGAAAUGCAAGCCGAAUGACUCAAAGGUCAAGGUCACACAGUCCCCUUGGGGCGAACAGCUCCUGCUCAAGUCGUUCGUCACCAAGUCUACCAAGGACAAGGGAGGCGUUAAGAAGAGUUCGCAGUUCAGUGGUCAUCUCGACCUCUACUGCGUCGAUUGCGGUAUCCAAGGCAGCAUCGCCAUGAAAGGGAAGAUCACUGUCGCACCUCUUGACGGCGUCACCGACGGAACAGUAACAUUCGAUGCCGACAUCAAGGCAGGGCUCAAGAUUGGUAUUGACGCCGCAAUCAAACACAAGUUGAAGCCAGAGGAAGCUACCCUCUUCAAAGUCGCACUUCCGGCGUUCAAUCUCCCCGGAGGUGUUGCAGUGGGACCCAUCUUGACACUUGGGGCGAAUUUCGAGUUCGAGGCAAUCGCCUCGGGAACGAUCCUAGCAGGUGCUGAAUACCGUCUUGCGAAGGCGACUUACACAUACAACUUCAAAGACAAGAGCAGUUUCCAAGCGGGAUGGACACCGCGCUUCGAGCCCAUAUUUCAGGCCGAGGGGGAGCUGGAAGUUUCUGCUAAAGUUGGUCUGCCUAUUGACCUCGCCUUGGGCAUGCACAUUCUCGGCGGCAGUUGCAAAUAUUGCAAGUGGGAUGUCCACAUCAAGAACACGCCGUCCCUCAAGGCCGCCGCACAAGUCGCCGCCAAGAUAGGGCUCAACGAGGACGGGAAGCUCGAGGGUGGUAUAGAGAGUAGUAACGGAUGCAAGGGCAUCUCAACAAGCCUCAAGUGGAAGAAUGAGCUUCAGGCUGGUUACAGCGCGGGGCCAUGGACGGGCGGAGUACCGAUCCAUGACACUGGUUAUCAGAGUAUCACACAGGGCUGCAUUCCGCUUAAGAAGAGCAAGACUGCUUCGAAGCGGGCCGAGCUAGGAGCCCCUUGGCGCCAUGGCUUGAUGGUCCGUCAAGACAACACGACCGUGCCGGCCAACGAGACGGUCAUUGAUGUGACUGAGAAUGUCAUCACAGACCUCGAGUUCAUUGGAUACCACGAUCCCAACAUCACCGCGAGUCCGUACAACGACACUAAUGGCUACGAGUUCACCACGAUUAUGGACUACUCACAACAGUUUGCUCUGACCAGCUGCACGGAUGGAAACGUCUACAUCCACAGCCCCGCAGACCAGUACAAUGAGGAUAUCGACGUCCAUUGCGGAGAUCUCUGGGCUCACGCCGAGAGCGUUGCGGUGAUGGAUGGCAGCUACCACAUCCUUCACUACUACAACAACACCAUGUCUGCCACGGGUGUUAGUCGUCUGCGCGUAUCCGACGAGGAGGAAAUCCCAUCCUCCUCGGUCUACGUUGCUCUUGUUCCUUUCGACAUUGACGAGGAUCCAUCGACGCCUGACGUGUACGUCGCCUUGGACGCCGACUUCAACAUGUUCUUCCCUGUUGAGUGCGCCUACACCAACUCGAGUCUCCCGUCCAAGGUUUUCCUGGUCAAGGAUCCGGCUGAGGGUAUGGAGAUGCUGAAGAGUGAGGAUGUGGUAUACUCGAUAACCGGAGGCAAGGUCUCGGAGUGCUACUUCUUGGCCUUGGUGCAGGGAAGCCAAGAAGAGGGCUUGUACGAGUCAGAGUUGGAGAUCGAGAACAGGGAGGACUGGGAACUGGAAUACAACUUUGAUGAUGAGUUGUAG